AUGCAUAUGCUACGCUUGCUUCUGCUUUUGUGCUCAUUGCUGCUUGUGCUUCCUGCGCGGUGCAGUGGCAUACAGGCCACUUUGGUAUCGGAUAUACACUACGAUCCCUUAUAUGGGAAGACUGGUGGCUUUGGCCGAUGCGGGGUCCCAAGCCCACCUCUGAGUCCUCCAGGGUGCGAAUCCUCACCGGAACUGGUCGCAUCGCUGAGCAAAGACAUUGCUGCAGGGGCAUCUACCUACACAUUUAUGGCAGGUGACGCGCAACGGCAUGCAUUUUCCGUUCAAAUACACCACAUAAAUGAUACCUUUGGGUAUGUCAUUGAAAAGCUUGCGGAGGCUUCACGGCCUACGGCCCAUAAAGAUGUACCAACUGUGGUGGUUGCCAUGGGAAACAACGAUAUGGUGCCGAACUACUACUUUGAUGUCACCAAGCCCACAUCCAAUAUUUUCCAGGAGGAUUCGAUCCUCAUGCAGGAACACGGGGUACUUACAGCCGAGGAGGCCAAUCAGUCUGAGAGGUGCGCUUACUAUUUGCGUGUUGUUUCUCCUACCUUGCGCGUCAUCGUUCUGCACAGUCUUGUCUGGUGCCACGAGGUUCAUCCUUCUAUUCCAGACACUGAAGCCGAUCCAUGUGGUCAGUUUCAGUUUUUGACUACCGAGCUGGCGAAUGCGCGGAAGGCGCAUGCGAAGGUCAUCAUUUUGACCCAUAUCCCCCCAUACAUUGAUUUAUGGAAAUUACUUCGCACUGGCAGCUUUACCGCCGUCGCAGAAAACAUGUACUGGAAACCAAUGUACCAGACCCGUUUUAACCAGUUAAUGAAAAAGUACUCGGGUACCGUGACGGUGCAGCUGUACGGGCAUACACAUCUAUUUUCCUUUCAGGCACUCACCGGAGGUGUGCCGUCUUUCAUCAUCCCGGCCACAACGCCGCUCUAUAAAAAUAUUCCCUCCUACUUCAUUGCACACCUGAAAGACGAGGACUUCAGCUUGCGAAGCCUCAUUCAGCGCUACCUCAACAACGGUACUUGGACCAAUGGGCUUCUUGUAGAAGAUGUACUUGGGGAUUUGACCAAUAUUUCGUCGCUGCAGGAGUCUGCAAUGAGGCUGAUUACUGAUGACAAGUUGUGGAAAAAAUACUUGACGUUGCGUGCGGGUGGUGUGGAGAACGACGAUUUGUUUCCCAAGAAGAGCUGUGACUUGUGGUGCCGGGCAUCCAUUGCCUGCAGCAUGGUGUCGGACACGUGGGAAGACAUUGCGGCCUGUGUAAAUAAAAACAAACACUUACAUCAUGAAGCUGGACAUUCAAAGUGGGAAAUUGUCAUCCCCGUCGUACUUUCGAUUGUUUUCUUCGUUCUGCUUCUGGGCAUCGCUAUACUGAUUUUUCGUGGACGAAUGCGGUAA